AUGAGUUCUUUUGAACCAUUUAAUCAGAGUAAUAUCCAAUCCGAAUCAAUGUCAUUGCUUUCAGCCAAUAUAAACUCUGAUAAUGAGGAGUUUGGUGUAUACCAAGAGCCAAAUGAAUCAUAUUGGAGCCGGUUCGUCAGUCUACUGAAAAGAAUAUUUCUACCAAAGGGUGAAAUGCCUCAUGACGAUCGUAUUAAUAUGGAUUGGUUACAAAAAUGGAGAAAAUAUAAUAGAUUCCCAUUUAAAUUAUUAGUUCAUUUAGUAAUUACAGUUUGUUUAACUUCAAUUAUAUUUAUCCAAACAGGUGAUUUGACAGAAUAUUCAGUUGGUAUUGAAGGUACAUGGUAUAAGAUAUUCUUUCCAACAGAUUUCCAAUAUGAAGGUGAUUUCGGUGCCAAUAUAGUAUAUCUUUAUACUGUACAGGAUACAGUCGACAUGAUACAAAAUGAUUUAAAUAAUUAUAAUAAUUUCACUAGUACGUCUGUCAAUAAGUUUGUGAUGCUUGGAAAUGUAAAUUCGGUACCACCUUUCGAUGCAACAUUGUAUAUAUCGAUGUAUAAAGACUGUAGUCAGGUAUUCGAUACCAAUAUCAUCUCGGCCAAUACCGACACAGUUACCACAUCGUAUGUUGUGAAUUCCGAUGAUUUGGGUCCAUUGAAUCUCGAUAAUCACACACUUGAGGAUCUACAGCAGAUGUUCUUCUGUAUGGAGAGUAUGAGGUUACGUUUCACAUUUUCAAACAUUCAUCUUCAAUACGAUCAUCCAGUGGAGUAUACAUGGAAUGUAGAUGUAGUAUUCGAUAACUCUGUUCAAAGUGGAAGAAUUGCAACCACCGUUGAAGCUACUAAAACAAGAGUUACAGAUCAAUUCGAUCCAAAAUCAAUUGCUUUAAUUAGAGCAUUGGGAUCAGGUUUACCAACUAUUUUAAGAUUUUCAGCUGGUAGUCUUCCAAUUUUCAUUGGAUUUGCUUUGUUUGGUUUAAUGUACUUCUCAGAGACCUCUUCUAGAUUCAGUUCUAUCGGUGAGGCAAUGGUAACUCUCUUUGGUUUGCAGAAUGGUGACGAUAUACAAUCAACCUUUAGAGCAACAGAGAAGAGUCCAAUCGUUUCAAGAAUUUAUUUCUUUGUAUUUGUAUUCAUUUCAAUGUAUGCCGUUGCAAACAUCUACAUUGCUAUUAUGGAGGGUGCCUAUUCUCAAUGCGUUGGUAUUAAAUCUAAACUCCAAAGAAAAGCUGAUGAGGAAGAAGAAAGAAGAAACGGUGGUGGUGAUGAUGAGUUGAAUCUCGACGAUGAGAUUUGGGACAAGUUGUUGGGAUUAAGUUCCGACUCAGAGUCGGACCAGGAAGAAAAGAAGAGAAGAAGAAAGAAGAAUACAAUUAGAAAGCUAAAGAACAAGUUCCAGACCAACAAGAAGUUGACCGAAUCACAAAUUCUAACUACCGACCGUGCAGUCGAUGCAUUGGAUAUGGAUUCCAUCGUCGAAGACAUCUCCAAGUCGAUUUUGGAGAGACAAGUCGAAUUCAACAAGGACAUUCAGAAAUUGGUGAAGGCAUCGAUUCACUCGAGAAUCGAAUCGUUGAUUCAAUCUCAAAAGCUAUCGGUAUCGAACAAGCAAGACGACGACAACAACAACAACACUGCAGGAAACAACAAUGGAACCGGUGUCAGUAACGACAACAACAACAACAAUAACAACAAUGAUAAUGCGGAUGUAAUUAAUUUCUACACCGAUCCAGAAUCAGAUUAA